GAGGGUGAGCUGCAGGCUCGGAUUGCAGCAGGCUCCUCCUCCGGAGCCUGCGGGAGGGCAGGAGAGGCGUGGAGCUGGAGUCAGCAGCUCCGGGCUGCCUCACCUGGCCCGGGCCAGCGGCGGGAGCAGCAUCUUCCCGAGCCGCAUCCCAUGGCAGCAUCGCCAGCCCGGCAUGGACAGCCUGAGCAGCAGCCUGAAGAAGAAAGCCACGGAGCACCACUACAGGGCUGAGGUGAUGAUUGCUGGAGAGCAGCUGAGGCUCCGGCUGCACGAUGGGAAGCUGAUCAAGGACAGGCGCUACCACCUGCGGACGUACCCCAACUGCUUCGUGGCCAAGGAGCUCACGGACUGGCUCAUCGACCACAAGGAAGCGCCCGACCGCGAGACCGCCAUCCGCCUGAUGCAGAAGCUGAUGGAUCACUACAUCAUCCACCACGUCUGUGACGAGCACUCGGACUACAAGGAUGCCAAGCUGCUCUACCGCUUCCGCAAGGAUGACGGGACCUUCCCCCUCAGCAAGGACGUGAAGGUGUUCAUGCGAGGGCAGAGCCUCUAUGAGAAGCUGGUGAGCGUGGAAGACUCAAUCCUGAAGAUGAGGGAGGAGAACUCGGUGAAGUACCAGAGGACUUUCCUGGGCUCUGAGAUGAUCGACUGGCUCAUUCAGGAGGGAGAAGUGGAGAACAGGCAGGAGGCAGUGGAGCUGGGACGGGCACUGCUGGAGCACGGCAUCAUUCAGCAUGUCUCCAAUCGGCAUCACUUCUUUGACAGUGACAUCCUCUACCACUUCUGGAUCAACUUUCGGCGGCGGCGGCGCCUCACGGAGUUACUCAAUGAGAACUCUUCCCGUGCCCUCUCCGAGAGCCCUGACAGCCCCUUCUGCCUUCGCAAGCUCAACCCAGAGCCGGGCAACACCAGCUUCCUCUCUGUCCAGACCAACAAGGAGAUCAAAGUUGUCUCAGCAGUUCGAAGGAGCAGCAUCACUUCCCUCUCUGGAAACUCCAACGCCUACUUCAGUGCUCCUCCUACGUUGGUAUUCCCUCCCGUGGCUGAGUGCAACCCCAAAUCAGUGUUAAAGAGACCCGUCACCAAUGAAGAGCUGCUGUCCCCUGGGGCCCCCUAUGUCAAGAAAACGCUGACUAUUGUGGGGGAUGCAGUGGGCUGGGGGUUUGUGGUUCGAGGAGGAAGACCUUGCCACAUCCAGGCAGUGGACCCAGGAGGACCUGCUGCUGCUGCGGGGAUGAAGGUGUGCCAGUUUGUUUUCUCAGUGAAUGGGGUCUACGUUCUGCAUCUGGACUAUCAGACCAUCAGCAGCCUCAUCAUGACAGGACCACGGACUCUGGUGAUGGAAGUGAUGGAAGCCAUUGAAUGAGCCAAGGAGCCUCAUCCCACUGCUGCUGGAAGAGGCAGGACUCUCCACUUGGCAGGGAUGGACUGCGGGGAGGGACCAAGCUCGACCGCUCACUGUGAUGUGUUAACCAGGCAUUUUGAUGUAUUUUCAAAUAAAUACAUUCUGAUGGACAAAUCUUGGAUUUUUCUG